GUAGAUAACUAAUCAUGGACAAUUUAGUCUCGUCACCUGAUUCCUGUUAGCGUUACAGACAUGGUGUGAUGAUUAACAAAAAAGAUGUGAUCAGCAAAUUACCUGAUAGCCUUCUUCAUCACAUUCUUUCUUUCCUCUCAACCAGAGAUGCCAUUCGAACCUCCUUAUUGGCAAGAAGGUGGAAGUUCUUAUGGACCUACUUAUCUGACUUUAAUAUUGAAGUUUUACUGUCAAUUUCCCACAAGAAUGAAACUGAAAAGAAGAUGAUAAAUUAUCUUUUCAAUCAAGUAGACACAAUACUUCAAAAGGCUAAAUUUAUAAAAAGGUUUCGUUUUGUGGCUUAUGGAACUCCAGUUGAUGUAGACCGAGCUCAUUCUUGGAUCUUUGCUUUGCUAAAGCAUAAAAUUCAGGAGCUGGGACUGUCCUUAAAUCUUAGACCUUCCUUUCUGUUAGCCAAUAACUUGCCACUCCCUAAAUCAUUGAAUAUGAUGGAUCUGGAGUUUGGAUGCGUCUUAAAGGUCCAUAGUUCCGUCCAUUUCCCAUGCUUGAAGACCUUGACACUUCAAUACAUAACCUUUCAAGACCAAGCGUCAGCCCAACAACUUUUCCCUGGUUGCCCAGUCCUUCAAAAGCUGACCUUGCGUAGUUGUGACUGGAAGAAUGUCGGCGUGUCAGCAUAAAAAUUCCAACGGUUGACAACCUUAAUCAUUGAGGAUGACUGUUGGCGAGAUGAUUUACUCAAUUGUAAAGUUACAAUUGAUGCUGUGUAAAUCUCAGAUCAUUAAGUUGCACAAACUUUUUGAGCAUAGAAUUAUCCCAAUCAACUUAAUCUCCUCAGCUGAUGCGUAUAUUGAUGUCUCAAAUGGCUGGUUAUCCUUGGCACAAUCUACUAUUCCUCGGGCAGUAAAACUUGUAAGUGGAAAUUUUCAUGUCAAGUCUCUCAUACUCUCGAAAGAUGCUCUUGAGACUCUUUCCCGUGCAGAAAAUCUCCUUUGGCGCCUUCCUACAUUCCACAAUUUGACCCAUAUUGGUGUUGAUCAAGGAAUGUAUGACUUUACGGGCGAAGCACUGGUAGACAUUCUUGAGAAGUCUCCUAACCUGGAAGUUCUUGACAUUGUUGAUGGAUUCGACCCAGAUUUCUGCUCAGAUGGGGAAGCCUGGACAUUGCGCUCAGUGCCUCGUUGUUUAAAGUCCAGUCUGAAAUUGGCUAGCAUCUCGGAUUUUCGGGGCGGGGAAGCUGAGAUGCAAUUCCUUAGCUUUCUGCUAAAAAAUGCCGUCGAUUUGACGAGAAUCAAGAUUUUCUGUGAGGAUUGCUUGUCAGCAGAUUUAAAGAAGCAAGCAGAUAUCAAUAGUCAAUUGCAGGUAAAGCGUAAAGGCUUAGCAAGCUGUGCGAUUGAGUUACGGUAA